GGACAUAUUGGUUCAAUCGACAAUCAUAUAAUUACAUGCUCUGUGGGUUCAAUGUUGUAAAAAUGUGUUGUUCAGAUGUGAAAUUGUGAAUGCGCUUAUUCGUACCUACUUAUUGAAAUUCUACUCUCUAAUUAUUUGUGAUUAACUUGGUGAUUAACUUCAAAGUGAGUUUACUGCAGAAUAGAAGCGUAUUACAAUUACGACGCACCUUCGAGAUCAUCUCCCGAAAGUGUAACGAGUUUGAGUUUUGAGUGAGUGACAUAUCGUCGCCAUUUUGGUAAAGGACAUCUUAGAUUUAAUUUGAUAAUAAUUUAGAUACGUUUAUUAUUCACUAAGGUGAGUAAAUUUACACUCGCUAUUUAUUUUACUAAACAAUGGCUGAAAAUGGUCCAAAAGAGCCUCCGAUACAAACAGUAAGUGGAUUACCACCAAAUCAUAAUCCGUGGCUCUAUAACAUGAAUAUGUACCAACAAUAUAAUGGAUAUCAUGGUGGUAUGUAUCCACCAUAUUACAACCAGUACUUUAACCCGAUGGUUAACAACGGUGGUUUUCCUAACAAUAAUCCUCAUCAAUUUCAUCAAAACAAGGAGCAGAAGAUUGAUAUAAGUCAUCCCCAGUUCUCAAAACCACCUCCGACUGCCCCUUUACUUGGUAUGUCUCCCCUUGAUACCAAUCGUCCAUUCUUUAACCAAUCUCCCAUUCGGUUCAAUCUCAACAAUAUGAGAAAGCCACCACCUCUACCAGUAAAUGAAAAUCCACUUCUUUCCAAUAACAAUGGCCCUAAAAAGAAACGCAAGAAGCCAAACAAUAAAUUCAAUGAAGAUAACUCUGAAGAUUCAAAUGAAAUCCUGCCCCCACUCCCUGACCAUCCUCCACCUUUGCCACCCCUCCCUCCACCGGAAAUCCCUAAGCCCCCUCCUCCUCCUAUUGAUGUACCACUGCCGCCUCCAGUGGCUACAGAAGACAUACCUCAACCACCAGAACCAGAAGAGUUCAAAUUCUCUAUGAAUGAAAGUACAGUUGAGGUGCAAAACAAAAAUGCCUCAAAUUUAUUUAAUGAUCCAGAUUCUAGAAACAAUUGGCCUGAAAGUUUAGAGAGAUAUAUCAAAAGAUGUUAUGAAAAAUGUAAAUCUGCAUUUGAUCGUGAUCAAAUUGAUAUAUGUCUAAAAGGAAGAAUAACUGCAGCUGCCAAUAAAGAUGAAAUAUGGACUAGGAAUUGGGAUGAGGAACCAAUUCCAAGUGUUCACAGUGAAAGAAAUAAUCUGGCUGUAAAGCCUGUGCGUGGCACAUUAAAUUUGUAUCAGAAAGUAGAAAAUGCUACAGAAGCUCAUAAAAGUCGUGGUUCAUUAAACACUCGGGGUUUUAAUGGUCAUAAGAACUCUCCACAGCGCAGGAGACGCCCUAGCACUAGGAGCAGGUCUAAGUCUCGGAGCCCUCCUAGGAAAAGGCUAAGCGCCUCUUCUGCCUCUGGUGAUGAGGUUGAUGACAAAAAAAUUGUUAAAGGCAAAGGGCGUCAGAAAGUUAAAGAUAGAUUGUCUUUAGAUCAAAAGAAAAAUGAUAAACCUUAUCACAAAAACACAAACAAAAAGAAACAGUCAUUUGACCAAUUUGUUGUUGAAGAUUUCCAGGGUAAUGCUGAAAAACUGCAGAAAAGAGCUGAACGGUUUGGUAAUACAGGUGUUCCUUCCAUAGCAAGCUCUCUACAGGGUGGAAUCAAGAGGCCAGAACCAACUGUACGUAGGCCAAUUAUUCAGGAUGCAGAUGGUGACUAUGAAAUCAACAACAUGCACAUAGUGGGCACUUGUCUGGACAUUGAAAAGUCAUUUUUAAGAUUGACAAGGGCACCAGAAGCAUGUGAAGUUCGACCUGUGACAGUUUUAAGAAAUUCCCUUAAAUAUGUUAAAGAUAAAUGGGUAGAAAAACAAGAUUACACAUAUACUUGUGAUCAGUUAAAAUCUAUCAGGCAAGACUUAACUGUACAAGGAAUUCGAGAUGAGUUCACUGUAGAAGUGUAUGAAACACAUGCACGAAUUGCUCUUGAGAAGGGUGAUCAUGAAGAGUUUAAUCAGUGUCAAACUCAACUCAAAAUGCUGUACAGUGAAUUGCCUGACUGUAAAAGUAAUGCUCCAGAAUUUACAGCUUACAGGAUAUUGUAUUAUAUUUUCACUAAAAAUACCUUAGAUUUAACCACAAUUUUUAAGUUUCUUUCAAAGGAAGAUAGAGAAAAUAAGUGUGUUAAACAUGCACUUCAAACAAGAUGUGCUUGGGCUACAGGAAAUUUACAUAAAUUCUUCUUGCUAUAUAGAGCAGCCCCUAUGAUGGCGGGAUAUCUCAUGGACUGGUUUGUUGAACGCGAACGAAAGCAGUACCUGAAAUACAUCUUAAAGUCCUACAGACAGAGUGUUCCUGUGGAUUUCAUCAUUCGAGAGUUGGCGUUCGAUUCAAGCUCUAAGGCAAUUGAAUUUCUAAGUCAAUUCAAACUUUCAUAUACUGACUGCGAUCAAUCUCAAUUAGAUUGCAAAGCCAGUCUUCCAGCUGUUCAAAGUCUUUAACAUUUCGUAUAUAGCCGUCAUUAUUUAGUAACGUGUUGUUGCGCGAUUAUGUAACGACGGGAGCUACAUCACUCCGUUUGCGGCGUUCUGUCAGCGUCGUAAUCAUCGAUCAACAUAAUUCACGUCUUAAUUUUAAGCACUUUGCUAGGAUGAGGGCGGCACAAUGGACAUUUACCUACACUUAUAUUCAGUUGUACAGCAGUUACGGAUUAAGUAUUGAAGAUAUUAUUACUCAGCAUGAAGACAGCAGGAAGUCAUUCAAAUAUGAGAAGUACAGUGGAAUAAACAUUUUUAUGUGAAGUGAUUAAAGACUUGCAGUUACAGUAGACUUUGUAGAUAUAAUGUAGUUUCUGGAUGGACCUAAAUGGGUGUUAUCGUUAAUGUUUUGUAAAUAUUGUCAUUUUAUUAUUGUCUAUUACAAGUUUUGAUUCGUAAUUAUGAAAUAUUUUUAAAGC